UAUCUGGGGAGUCGCCCCCCCUCUAUCUCCUCCGCAGCCGGUCCCUCGACUAGGGGCGCAGAAGCGGCUCCUUCUGGGUCCCCCGCGGGCCUGGGCAUCAUCGGGAGAGGAGGAAGAGGUGGUGCGUGCGUCCGAAUUCGGCCUCUUCCGCCCCGUCGGGUCUCCUAGGAGACCCUCGGUGCCGCCCCGGGCGGGGGUAGGGGGCGGCCACUGGCACAGUUGGCGAAAUCCGGGUAGGGGACGCGAAUGCGGGGCGCGGGCCCGCAGGGGAGUGCUGGCCCCGGCGCGGGCGGCCGGCGCCUGCCGGCCCUGAAGGUCCUUGCCUAGAACCAUCAUAACUAAUAAAGAAAACGAAGAUGUGUGAAAACGAAAUAUGGCAUCCCCCAAAGUGAGCUGGGGUGCUUUCCCCCCCCCCCCUUUCCACCGAGGCUGUUCAAGCAUGCUGCUGGGUAAAUGCGGACCCUCAACGGAAAGUACGCUUUGGUACGGACACGGAGCCCACGUCCUGUAGUCGGGGAUUGAGCUGUAUUUUAGCUUCACCUCUGACUACAGGGUGCACGCCAAAGGGCCGCCUCCCCCCGUUCCCCUUACUCCCAUCCUCCCUCUCGAGUGUCAACUUGGAGGACCCCAGGUUACAAGUCCGGGCACAGAAAGUGUGGCCCCAAGUGCCCCGAAGUUAAUUGCAUUUCGAAAGAACCGCCCUUGUGCCACGAACGCCGGCUCAGGGCGUCGGAAUCCCGUGCGAAUUUUAGCAUUGGCGGUGCCUUGGUACUAAAGAUGAGACAGAAAGAAGUGUUGACCAAAACCUUCCAAGCCCCUGCUGUUGUUUGUAGUUCUUCAAAUAGUCACAUUUACAUGUUUAAAAAUGACAAUUCAGACUCAGAUGAACUGUCUGAAGAAGAACUAAAUGUGGAAUUGAGACCAAGGGGAAAGGAGCGACAAAAGAAUGCUGGAAAAGAGAGAGUAGGGGAUGUGGUAUUGCUAGAACGAGAACUCACAGAAGAUGAUAACCUUAACAAACUUGCUCUUCAGUAUGGUUGUAAAGUUGCCGACAUCAAGAAAGUAAACAACUUUAUCAGAGAACAAGACUUAUAUGCUUUAAAAUCUAUAAAGAUUCCAGUAAAGAAUUAUGGCAUCUUAACAGAGACAAGCAAGGAAUUAAAACCCCUCCAAACUACAUCUGAGUCUAGGUUGACGUUCGUUGAAUUUCCAGACUCAGAUAAUGCAGCUACAGAGACUAAUUGUGCACAAUCCAACCAACUGACAGAUUUUUUUAAGGGGAUUGAUCAAGAUAUUGAAAGUGCAAUACAAUCAGAAAUCUAUUUAAAUCAAGAUUAUUGCAUAGAAACCCCAAACCAGCCUUUGCUUCCAAUUAGUCAGAAGACUCUGAUGAAUGGUGCAGACUGUGGAAUUCAAUGGUGGAAUGCUGUUUUUAUCAUGCUUCUGAUUGGAAUUAUUUUACCAGUGUUUUAUGUGGUCUAUUUUAAAAUACAGAGCACCGGAGAAACCACUAGUAGCUUGAAUGGAACUGUAGGUCCCAAUGGCUCAAUAUCAACCAAUACAAUUCCAGGCAAAGCCCUAGAAUUGGAGAUUCCACUGAAAACUACAAUUUCUUCAGACAAUUUUGGACCAAUAGAAAGUUAAGCAUAUCUCUUCUUUAGAAAGCAAUGAAGUCUGGGUCUCAACUCUAGUAACUGGGUUCUCUUUGGGUAUGUGUUGGUAACUUCCUAUAGGUGAACAAUUCAUAAUGAUGAUCUUUAGCCAUUUACUUGGAUUUUGUGAAAAGAAGCCAGGACAAAUUAUCUUGGCCACAUUUAUCUUUGUCUCAGGUACCAGUCAUACAUAUGAAACCACUUUUUUAAGGCACCUUAUUCCCUAGAAAUUCUUUUAGAAAUGUGGUUGAAGCUAAAUUUCCUACAUGGAGUACCAUUUUGGUAUAUAGUAUUUAAAUGCUUUUUGAGUGUAUCCUGUAUUCUGAAAGUUUUUCCUCCUUAAUUGCAAACAAAAUUGGUAAACACUAAAGGAGAUUAUAUAGUAAAGUAGAACUAGCUGCAACUUCUAUGCCUCUAUUCAAAAUGGCAUUUUUGAAUAUUCUUUGUGUUUUUUAGUGUUAAAUGCUAGUAAUUAUUAAUCUUGGAUAAUAUUAAAAAGUCCCUUUUAUGCUGGGCAUUCUGAGUGACUUAACAGCAUGUUGCUAGAACAAAAAACCAUCUAUGUGGGUAAAAGUAAUAUGGAAGUGUUUGUGGCAAUAGCUAAUGUUUUAUUGAGUGACUCCUCAUUUCAGAUUUAGUUAGCUUUUGAGAACCAUGGCUGAUUUCAUUGUAAAAAUUCCAUCUAAUUGAUCAGUGUCUUUGAGAACUGAUGGCAAUUUGAUCUUUGGGGGUCUGAUGAUAGUAUGGUCCAUAGUAUAUCAAAUCUUUGGAUUUGUAGCUGUGGUAUCCAAUGAUUUAUAAUGGUAAAUUUAGCAAGUGUAAAGAGCCAAGCAUUUGGAGGAAUAUUAUUAAUAAUAUUAAUACUUUGACAGAGGUUACAAGAUCUCCAUUAUUUGAUCCACUUAAUUGUGGCAUUCACUUUACACUUGCUUAAUUACUUGUUUUUUGACACAUGUCCUGGCAGUUCUUAUUUAAAUCUGUGUUUUAAAAUUAUAAAUCUUAAACUGCUUUAAAUCUUUUUUCAUAUUUGAAGAUUUUUUUUGUAUAUUGUAUAUUCAAAUGUACUUAAAAUAGUAUUUUACUACUUCCACUACAAUGUUAGAAAUCUUAAAUUAUCUUAUUGAUAGUGUUAAAUAGCACUGGAUUAUUUCUCUGUUAACUACUGUUCAUUUCAUCUGAGAGUUGGUUCUAGAAUUUCAGGUAAAUUCUGAUUAUAUAUGUUUUCAUUCUUUAUGUAAAGUUACAUAAUUAAGUUUGAAAACUAUUUUGCUCUCUAGAUGAUUGGGGGAUAGGGAGUAUUAAAAAAAAAAUCUCCCUUAUAAAGUUUCAGCAAGGAUACAGUUGGUGCUGUCCUUCUACUGUGGCUUUUGAUAAGUAGUGAAUCAUAUACUAAGGUCUUUUAGCCAUGUUUGGGGCAGCUGUCCAUACAGAUAGGGGAAAGGAAGAGAAUUCAAUUCCUUUCAUUAAUCCCUUUUUAACAUGCAUUCGUAUAGGGAAUACAUUGUUCAGUCCUGCAGAUGUUGAGUUGGACUAAUACAUUUUCGAAUAAAUGAUGCUAGUACAAUCCUAAGUAAAUAUUAAGAAUUCAGACCUUUACUAUAACUACCACUGUUAAAAGGACAUUGAAAGAAAGUGUCAUUUAAGGUAUAUCUAUGGAUAAAGUCAAUCUCUAUUCUAUCCCUAUAAAACUUAACAUUUUGAAUUGUACUCAUAAUACCUUCCUUUUUGCUUUUUUUGUAUAGUAUCCAUCCUUAUUGUUAAUGUUAGGGUAAGGCUUGGGGUAAGGCUGCCAAUAAUAUAACAGGCCCUGUCUCACUUUUCCUGUUUUGUGCUGUGGGUGGGUGGUACUGAAUACAGUAGAUUAAUUGCUUUGAAUCAGGGCUCUAGAGAUUUGGAGCUGCAGUGGAGAAUAUAGAAGAGAACUUCAAAGGUAGAGAUGUGAUUAGUAUCAUGACUGCUAUGCUCAACAUGUAUUGAUCCUAUUUGGUAUAACUUGAAAAAAAAUCUUUGUAGAGAAAAAAGCAAAACACCCUAAAAUAUUGACCAUUUAUAUAUUUGACAUCUUUGAGCAUAUUGGUUUAUCCUUUUUUAGUUUACUAGCCUUAGAAAGAUUAUAGUUCUUUUGAUAUUUUGAAAAGUCUAUUAUCUUUUAUGAGAUAUACUCAAUAUAAGAAUGAUUGAGAUUCUUGUUAUCCUUUUUUUUUUGGUGGAUUUCUGUGGGAAUAUAGUGAUAACCCUUUUUCCUAUAGCAGGUUAAAAUUGUAUUAAGAAAUUAAAUGGCACUGUCAUUUGGUGAAAUUGUCUUCAAGGUAAAAUGAAAACAUAAAACUGCUAUAAUAAAUGUUUUUUAUUUUAUUUAAUUAUAUAGCCAAAUAUUUUAGCAUGCUGUACCAAUAAGAUAUAAUUUUUUUUUUAAGGUUUCUAUAAUACUUGUCCUUAUGAAGCACAUUAGGAAGGGUUUGGAGUCCUCCAAGGAAUUCAUUUUGCCAAGUAAAGAUUGAUCUUUGCUUUGAUUUUCACAAAUGAUAUACCAUGACUUUUUCUAUGAGGGAAAGUUGGUUGUAUCUCUUUACCAUACUCUUCCCCACUGGUUUUUUUAAAAAGGUUAAAAUUUCAAAUUGAAAAAGUCACCAAAAGAACACACACACACACACACACAAUUGUGGAAAUAUAUCUCAUGAACCUGUCUUUAAAUUUCUGAAUGUCUCCGAAUGUGAGGUGCUGGCAUGUUAAAUGCAGUUAAUGGGAUAACCUUCAGGACCGUGGUUUUCUUUUUUGAGUUGGUUGUGGCUUAUAGUGGCUGUUUUAACACCUUGUAUAAUAUGUAUAACAUUCUCUUAUUAGGUACCAGUAAUGUAUGAAAUACAUUACCUAAGAAAAUAUAUUUGUGUUAGUGAUAUCAAAUUUUCAGUGCCUUCAGAAACUAUUUUAGGGUAAUAACUUUUUAAAAAAAUUUUCAUAGUAUCCAUGAUUAAGGAGUUCCAGUGCUCUGCUUUAUGUAAAUCUAAUUAAUCACCAACCCUGUCAGGAAAAUAUUAUUCCUCUUUAAUAAAUGGAGAAAAAUAGCACAAACCUAAGUUAUUGACACUGUGCAGCAAAGCUGAGGAUCAAGACUUGACCAUUAUGUCUAUUACCACCCAAUCCAGAAACCAUACUACCUCAGAGAAAGGUAUUUUUCUGAAAUUUGCACUUUAUUGUAAAGAUUGCUCCUGGUUGAAUAAAACAAAAGUUGAAACAAAA